AUGGCUGACGCAGGUGGCUGGAGCACAAUCGAGUCAGACGAGGGCCUAUUCACCUCUCUGAUCGAGACCCUCGGAGUGAAAGACACUCAAUUCGAAGAACUCAUCUCCCUAGAUGCAGACACGAUCCGCUCACUCGGACCCGUCUACGGCGUGAUCUUCCUCUUCAAAUGGACCCGCGAAGCAGCAGGCGCCCGCGCCGAAGCGCCCCUAGAUGGCUCCUACGACACAACAGCAACAGACAACCUGUUCUUUGCAGCUCAGACGAUCCAAAACGCUUGCGGCACUCAAGCCAUCCUCUCCGUAAUCCUCAACCACGAUAACCCACCCGCACCCCUCCCACCAAUUACCCUCGGCCCCGAGCUCCAAUCCUUCAAAGAAUUCACAACGGGGUUCCCGGCGGAGCUACGCGGCGAAGCGCUCUCGAACAGCGAGGCGAUCCGCUCCGCGCACAACAGUUUCGCGCGCGCGAGUCCGUUCGCGGAUGAGACGGCUCGUCCGCAGGAUGAAGAGAACAGUGCUGAUGUUUAUCAUUUUAUUGCGUACACGCCUGUUAAUGGGAAGUUGUAUGAGCUGGAUGGACUGCAGCCGCAUCCUAUCAGUCAUGGGGAUUGUGAUACGGGGUCGUUCCCGGAGAAGGUGAUUGAGGUGCUUCAGCGGAGAAUUGCGCGGUACCCGGCCGGGGAAACGCAUUUCAAUCUCAUGGCUGCGGUUAGGGAUCCGAGGGGGAGGGCUAGGGAGAUUGGGGAUGUGGAGACGCUUGAGAGGGAGGAGAGGAAGAGGGCUGCGUGGCAGUGGGAGAACACGUUGCGGAGGUGUAACUUUGUGGGAUUCAUUGGGGAGGUUAUGAAGGGGGUUGUUGUGGACAAGGAGAAGAAGGAUCCGCAGGGGAAGGCGUAUGAUGAAUGGGUGGAUGCUGCUAAGAAAGAGACUAGGAAGAAGCUUGAGAUGAGACGAUAG